AUAAAUAAAAUGUUACGGUGAUGCGAAAAAUCGUGCCGACCUUUUUAUCUGAGUACUUAAUUAACGCAAGAAACUAUUCAACUAAAUUGUGUUUGUGGUGAAGAUAUCGAUAAACAUUUAAUUUGGAAAAACCGGGGAACUCUUAGAAAUGAGUUUCAAACGGAGCCCGAGCAAAGUAUGGUGGGGCAGCGAAUCCCUAGAGUACCGGGAAGUGUCCUCCAGCCCCGGCAGUCAAGACUCCGGUUUUUCCGAUACGGAAACUAGUCCUCACAACCGGGAGACCGCGGGAAACGAAAAGCCCUCGAACGCUCCUCAUCAGAUCCCGAAGGGCAUAUUCAAAGAGUCCAGCGGAAGUGAAAAGUUGAACCUGUCGAGCAAUUACCGGGAGAAACUGAGCCCCGUCAAGGAAAACAUAGAUCAGAGGUUGGUUAGGAGCGAGAGGAAAAACUCGCCGCACGUUUCCAAAAAGUUUUCCACUGCCCCGAACACAGAGCCGGCUAAGAGACAAAGAUACGUCAAACACUCACCGAAAGUAAGCAGAAACCUAUUCGUAGACGCCUCCGCGACUAUAAAUGUCCAAGAAUGUAGUGACGAUUUGGCUCAUCAGUAUUCACGGCCCGUGACCAAAGAAUCGAAUGGUUCGGGUGGUCGAGAAACAACAAAAUAUGAAAACAGUCGAUUACCCAAGCACGACGCGUCUAGCACCAACGACAGCGAGUAUUCGGACACAACGAGCGAAAUAUCUUCUACCAAAUCGCUGCCGGUCAUCGGAAAAAAGUCCAAAGUAGUCACCACCUCUGCCGAAUUAAAUCUAACCGCCCCCGCGGUGUUGGAAACUGCCGAAAAUGAUGACUCCGAAGCUGUGACAAGUUUUAACUCGUUUUCUAGUGAUUGUGAGAGUGAAUUGGAGAGGCUUUUCGAUAAUUUGGGGGAGCCGGAGCAUACGUCCACUCCAAAAGCCGAUCUAAACGGUUGCAAGGACAUGAGACACAGGAGGGACCACAGAAGACUCCAUCAGAGGCUGGCGUUGCGUUACCGUGACGACCAAAGAGUGCCACCAAUCCACGCCGAGGGGAUCGUGGUGGACAACAAGGCUGUGCAGCGUUGGCUGGAGGAAGCCAGAACUGUGGAGGAGCAGGAGUGCACAAUCACGUUGCAGUGCAAAUCCAUAGCGGCUGAACUGAACCAGAAAACCUCCCAUCUAGCGGCUUGCGUAACGACUAUUUUGAGAGGGAUGCUAUCUCAUUCCAGGUGCAUAGAAAUGGAGUACAGAAACCUUAACAACGAGACGAAACAGAUCAACCCACUGGUCCAAAGCCUCGCGGGAAACAUCCUGGACUUCCUCAAAACGUACUCGAGCCGUGUGAGUUCGGAUAUCCUCACGCUCCACGACGAGAUCAGAACGUUAAACUCCGACCGGGUUCUGGAGCCCAUGGCGCAACUCUUCAACAAGUGGGAAACCGUGCAAAACCAAAUUCUAGUCAAAGAGGUGAAAAAGUUGGUAGACAAAAUCGAAGAUCCCGCUUCUGAGAUGGACCUCAGAGCGACGCUGACCGGCAUAAUAUCGGUCGCCUUGAGGAAUACCGAUUUGGUCGUCCAUUUCGUCAAGGCCGACAUUAUACCGAUCUUGUUGAUCCUUUGUGAAAAAUGUGAAGGGUCUUCGAUCAGGGCUAUCAUUCUCAGAGCGUUAAGCACGAUGUGCAGUCAUUCAUCGGCAGUGCGCCAUUUCGAGAAGUUUUCGGGAGUCCAGAUUAUCGCGGAUACUAUCGAGGAAGACAGCAGGCCGGAGCCGGAGAGGAGCGAGGCCGUAGGACUCUUGGCUCAAAUUACAGCCCCCUGGUUAGAGGAUAAUCAUUCGGUGAAAGGUCUGCAAGAAUACUCCAGAAAACUAGUGCGUUCCUUAACCAAGUUCGCAUCAUCAACCAAGUGCUGUCAGAACUUGUUGCUCUGCGCAGCGGCCUUAGCCAACCUCAGUUCCAUGGAUACCAACUGCGUAAAGUACCUGCUCCAAUACGAAGUCGCGUCGGUACUAUUGAAAUGCGUCAAAAGUCGCGGCCCUUUGGUCUCCAUCUACCUGCUUGAGCAGGUGGCCACGCUGCUCGCCAACAUGGCAGCUGUGGAGGUUGCCCGAGAACACCUCAGCCAAGCGGAGGCGCCGUCCGCAUUACUCCACUUUUUGAGAGCUCCGCGCAUCCGCCAUAACGAGGAAGUGGAGCGAAGAUUGCAGCAGAAGAGCGUGAUCGCGUUGUCGCGGCUGUGCGGCCAUAAAAGAGCAGCAGAAGAGUUCGUCGAGUGUGGUGGUGUUUCUAGAUUGGUAGAACUAUGCAGGGAAAGGGAUGAACGCUUCGAUAGCGAUGCCGUGUUGGUCGCUGCCUUGGCGACAUUGAGAAAAAUCGCGGAAGUAUGCGGCGCUGACGUGCUGAGUGUACAGGAUUCUCAGGAACUGGUGGAACCAAAGCUUCUGGAUUCGUUCCUAGCUUACUCUACUCAGAAUGAAAGUUACGUGUGAUGGUGAUGAAAGCAGUUACCGCGAUAUACAAUGGCACAACGUUAUUUGCGCAAUGUGUUUAUUUAAGAGUCUGACAGUUGACAGAAAUUUGAGCUCCUGCUCGCAAAAUGUAAAAAUGAAACUAAUGCAACACGUUAUGUAACCAUAAAAAUUAAAUUUGAUCAAGUAUAAUGGGUUUGGCUCAUUUAGAAUUUAAGGGAAGUGUCAGGAAUUUACUGCUGGAAAUACUUUAAAUAGGAGAUGAUAAUAAUCCAGUAAACUUUAAAUGAAGGCUUUGCGCGAAUAUAACCAUGUGUAUGUUUAAAAAAAAUAAUUUUGAUAUUCUUUUGUACUUUUAUAAUAAUUGUGUUCGUUAAUUUAGUAACAUUAUCAAAUUUACGAAAACGUAAUUUAUUAAUCUCCCCUAUUCUUAAUGCAAGCAAAUAUUGGGCAUAAUCCCUUCUGUUUUUUUCUUUUAUUUAUAUAUGUCAUUUUUGUUUUAUGUUCAGAAAAUUUAUAUAUGUUUUGUACCACAUUAUAAAGGAAUUGUU